GUAGAAAUUCAGAUUUUUUUCUGAAAGAAUUAAAUAAAACACAUUGAAAUCGAUCUAUGGAAUCACAAAACACCGAUUGAAUUGCACCCUAAAGGCUAAAGAUACGAACUUUGCAAACUUUUGCUUUUUGAAAAAAUGUCAAACACAACCUCUACUGACCUCCAUAGCCGUCUUCUCCGAGUAUCAGAACCAAUAGCAGAGACUCUCAGACGAACUCAGUACACACCGCAAGCGAACAGCAAAGUAUCACCCAAAGACAUACUCUUGUCUCUGUUACCAAACACUUCUCCUCCUCCUCGACUACUGGAUGAAGAACAGAGUCUCGCUACGAUCAAAAGCCUCGCACUUGCUUGCGCCCUCCUCUCUUCUUCUCGAUCCUCUGCUCACGAACUCCUCUCGUGGAUCCCCGAAAGCCUCUCCGUCGCAGGGGAGUCAGCUUUUUCAGAGAUCUCGCGUGAUUAUUAUUCCGGUGAGAACAAGAGGUUGGUGAUUGAGUUGUUGCCGGUUGUUUUGCCGGAGCUGAAAGAUGGAAUCGAAGGGAGCAGCUCAAUGGGUAAGGACGGUGAUGGAGAGGAUGAUGUUUCAGCUGCUGCUAUGGCGAGAAAGCCAGUUGGUUACGCCAUCUUGGCUUCUCACCAGCUCAUGUGGUUUGUGACUCAGGUCGAUAAACCGAAUCUGGCGAAAGUUUGCAACUUGGUGGUUCCAUGUGUUUUGACAGCACUUGACCAUUGGUCUCCUGAUGUCAAAAGACAGGGUAUGAUAAGUUUUGUGCACAUUGCUAAAACUAUGAGUUCAGGUGACCUCGGUUCGUAUGGAGAUGUGGUUCUUGAUGCGUGUUGCCAGAACAUAGCUUCUGAUGACGAGAUUUGGGUUCAUGUAGUGGAGUUAUCUGUGCUCCUUGUCACUAAACUGCAUCCUAAUAAUCCUCGUAGCUCAUGGCACGAGAGGAUCAUGAAUGAGAUGCUUGGUCAUCUAGAACGUCAACCAAGAAACAAAGAGAGACGUAUAGCUUGGUUAACAUUCGUUGAGCCACUCUUAAACUCUUUGGGGCUUUUCUUGCUUGCUCAUUUGCGACGGUUCUUCCCUCUUUUCUUCCAGUGGAUGCAUUCAGAUGAUGCCGAAACCGUUUUGUUGGUUCUUGAGAGAGUGGAGACGGUUGUGAGGUUGACAUGGAUUAGAAACUCGCCUGUGUUCACAAGAUUGGUGGAUGAGCUUGUUUCCUUGUACAAAGAGUCAUCCAUGCGUAAGGAGCGUGACGAGAUUAGACGGCUUAUCCUCCGUAUCUUGAAGCUACUCCGCGAGUGCAAAAGGUUACAGUUUGAGUCAGCGUGGAGCCAGUAUCAGGAGGAUCCAAACCUGAGCAUGGUUGGUGAAUACAUAUGUGGACUAGCUCUUUCUGACUCGAGAGAGCCUAUCAUUGUCUCAGAGGUUUAGGGCCACUAAUUAGAGAAAUCACAAAACAUAUAAGGAAAUAUUCUGAAGAGACUAGUUUCUCUCUUCUUAUUUCAAUCUCUCAAAAAAUGUCUUAUGUAAUCUCUCAAAACUACAGACAAUACAAACAAGAAGGAGAAAGAAAAAAUAGAAUCCAUUCGACACAGUU